AUGAGCAGAAGAGUUGAAGAGUAUCUAAAAUCAGAAGCAAAGAAGGCAAACGCCUUGGUGUUUGUGCUCAUAGACUCUGAAAUCUCCAAUAUGGACGCAUCGAUCAAGCUGGCAAGAGGUGUAGAGCAGGCCGGCGCCUCGGCCAUUUUGGUGGGCGGUUCGUCCGCCACGGAUCAGAUGGGCAUGUCCCAGACCGUCCAGGCCAUCAAAAAGUCGGUUAAGAUACCGGUGAUACUGUUUCCUGGUAAUAUCACAGGCAUAGUGCCAGAGGCAGACGCAAUCUUCUUCAGCUGCCUUAUGAACUCCGACAAUCCGUAUUUCAUUACACAGGCACAGGCAUUAGGAGCCCCCAGCGUGCUCAAAUUCGGUUUGGAGGCGCUACCCACCGCAUACCUGAUAAUUGGCCAGGGCACCUCUGCGUGGUUUGUGGGCUCCGCCAGGGGGAUUCCCCUUGGGAAGCCAAAUAUUGCCGCAGCCUACGCUCUGGCGGCUCGGUUCUUUGGCAUGCGGUUUGUGUAUCUUGAGGCUGGGUCUGGCGCCGCAACGAACGUAAACCCGGAGAUGGUCAGGGCCGUCCGACGAGCCUUUGACGGGUUUUUGAUCGUGGGUGGCGGAAUACGCGAUGCCGGAACGGCAAAACAACUAGCUGAUGCUGGCGCCGAUGCCUUGGUGAUUGGAACUCUGCUGGAGCAGGACGGCAAGCUGGAGACCUUGGUAGAGAUAACAAAAACAAUUCAAGGCAGAACGGCUUAA